AGAGGCUGCUGGUACUCGGCUGUCAUGGCUCCGAACGUAAACAGAAACCUAUGAUUCACGACACAUUCUGUUCUAACGUUAGUAUACAGCCAAAUUAACCGUAGCUACAUUUAAAGUGCAAUUAUCCGCCGGAGAAAGAAGUGACAGGUACUUUACAAGGUUCAAGUAGCUACAGAGUCUCUUCCAUUUACUUUAUUUCCCCUUAAUGUUUAGUGUUUAUGCUAGCUAGCUAGCUGCUAGCCCCCAAAAGCAUGGCAGCGUGAUACUCGUGUUUUCCCUCUUGGCUGCCGCACAAACUUCAAGACAACAACUACAGCAAGGAGUGUUAAGAAAGUGUCCAAAACAAAUGUCUGUUUCACAGGGAAUAACAUGUCCGGGGGAAACAAAGCCAUUGAGUUACAGCUUCAGAUGCGGCACAAUGCGGAGGACAUGCACAGCUUCAUGAAGGAGCUGGAGAGCUGGGAGAGCGACAUCAAGAAGAAGGACGAGGAGCUGAAGACGGGAGGACUUCAGGAGGUCCAGAAGAAGCUCCCACCUGUGCGCAACAAGGACUACAAAACAAAGAUGAGGGAAAAGAAGAAGAAGAAGAAGGAGCCGAGAGGCAAUGGAGACGCAAAGGGAGACGAGUCCAAGGAAGCCUCAAGGAUAAAAGCAUACGACUACCGAUCGUGGGACAAGUUCGAUGUGGACAAGGCCCUGUCGGAGAUGGAUAAGGAGGAAAGUCCCGCAGAGUCCAACGAGUCAGACUCUGAGGAAGUUGAUCGAGAGAAAGCGCUGGCUGCGAAAGAAAAGGGUAACGCUUUUUUCAAAGACGGGAAGUACGACGAGGCCAUUGAGUGUUACACCAGAGGGAUGGAUGCAGAUCCUUACAACCCUGUGCUUCCCACAAACCGAGCCACCUCCUUCUUCAGACUCAAAAAGUAUGCUGUGGCAGAGUCCGACUGCAACUUGGCGAUAGCUCUGGACAGCAACUACUUCAAAGCGUAUGCACGAAGAGGAGCAGCGCGGUUUGCACUGGAGAAAUGUGAAUCCGCGUUAGAAGAUUACGAGAUGGUUCUCAAGCUUGACCCCGGGAACGUGGAAGCACAGAAUGAAAUGAAAAAAAUCAAAGAGAUCCUCGGACAACAGGCACCGGCCGUCCCGAGCGAAUCCACACAGCCGCAGGAGGCUCCCACAGUGGCCCCCGAGCAGCAGAGACUGGUGGAGGAGCAGCAGAGACUGGUGGAGGAGCAGCAGAGACGACAGGAGGCGGUUAUGCAAAAGGACAGAGGGAAUGCUUAUUUCAAAGAGGGGAAGUAUGAAGCGGCUGUUGAGUGCUACAGCAGAGGCAUGGAGGCGGACAGCAUGAACGUCUUACUGCCCGCCAACAGAGCCAUGGCCUUCCUCAAGCUGGAGAAGUACAAGGAGGCAGAGGAGGACUGCACCAAAGCCAUUUUUCUGGACAGUACUUACUCCAAGGCUUUCGCCCGUCGUGCCACAGCCAGGGUGGCUUUAGGGAAACUGCAGGAGGCCAAACAAGAUUUCCAGGAGGUGUUGAAACUGGAACCAGGGAACAAACAAGCCCUGAAUGAGCUCCAGAAACUCCAGAUUGAUGAGGGUUCCAGCGGCCUUCUACAAGCAGCAGACAGCACGCAGACGAGAACAGUCCAGCCCAUAGACAAACCAACACAUCUGCAGUCAACUAAACCACUGAGGAGGAUUGAAAUUGAGGAAGUGAGUGGAAAGGUGUCAGUGUCUGAGGUGGACUCAUGUGGGUCCAAGUCCUUCGUCCAGGAAGUGGAGAGGGAGGCUGAGGACGAGUCCUCUCCACUGUCCACAUCACCCAGCGCCAAGAUGAUCAAGAUCGAGGAGAUAGCCGAAGUCCCUUCACACUCAUCUGACCGAGUUCCCUCGAGCAGACAGACCCAACAGCCAGCGCAGGAGGAAAUCGCUCAUCCUCCGGAACCAUCAGCCAGCCCCUCCCCGCCAGUCACAGACCUUCCUCCUCCGCCCACCAACAGCUUCCAACUGGAGGCCGACCUCCGCAAGAUCGGAAAGCAGCCUGAAGUGAUUUACAGAUAUCUGAGGCAAAUCAAGCCCGACGCGUACGCACACAUUUUCCACCACUCCCUUGAACCUGACAUUCUCAACCAGAUCCUGAGGACUCUGCAUGGUUUCUAUAUCAAGAAUGAAGCCCCCACCACCACGCUGGAGAUCCUCAAGAGUCUAGCAAGUGUGAGACGCUUCGACAUGGCUGUCAUGUUCAUGUCGUCCCCGGAGAAGAAAGUGCUUAAAGAAGUGUUUGACUUCCUCCACCAAGCUGAGCUGGAAGGAUCAUCUGUCACAGCCUUGCAGAAGAAGUACGGAGUGUGACGCUUGGAUUUAAGGCAAAGCUAUAGAUUUUAAAUUUGUGCUGCAUUGUUUUCAAAGCCAACUGAACAAUGUAGAUAUAUUCUAAUACUGAAUAAACUUUCAUAAAAAUUCA